AUGUCUGGACUGGAAAUUGCUGGCCUUGGAAUCGAAGCAUACCAUGAUAGUCUCGAUCCUGUCAAGAGCUUCAUGCGAUGGGAGCGCGAGCUUCCUCAGCUCAUUCGCAAGCUCCGAAACCAACAUGUACAUUACGCGCAAACAAUCCGUAUCCUUCUCGAGCCAAUCGCGGACGAGUUCGAGCUUGCGGAGCUCCUGCAAGAGCCUCACGGAAAGCUAUGGAAGGGUGACAUGGCACGCAAAAUGAGUGAAAGACUGGGAGAGUCCUACAAUGCGUACCACAACACCAUAGCGGAUAUUGAGCGCAUCACAAAGAAAAUCGCCAGCAAAUUGGACCUCGAUCGGGCAGCUGAGCUAACGCGGAACGAUCUUGAAGCGAUGCUGGCAGCGAACCCCAAGAAAGGCAACGAUCGGUUCGAAUUCCGCAGGAGGGUAAAAUUCGGGAUGUCAAGAAAAUCAAUCAAAGCCCUGUUAGAAGAGCUGGAUAACUGCAACAAGGAGCUCGAGAGAUUUACUGACAAAAGCGAAAGAAUCGAGACAAUCCGCCGGAGAACAAUCAAACCGACGUUUGCGAACCGCCUACAGCGCAUCCAGAAUACUAGCCUUCAGCUAGAUCAGCGUAGCAAUCUGUACAUGUCUACUGCUGCGAGGAAAUCGUCCCAAAACUCGAACAUGUAUUUCAAUGUGUCUUUCUCAAGCGACCCAGGAGACCCUUCGCAACUAUGGACUUGGCAAGCAGCAGAAAUCUUGGUAGAAGAGGAAGAAGAACGUAAUCUCUCGCUACUCCAACCGCCCAAUUUACCAAAGAUGCGGAAAACGGUCUCUUUUGGGGAUAAGCCGCCACCGCCUUACUCUGUAGACGAUCCAGCAACUGCUGGAGCCAAUGUCCCUUCACUACAGGAAGUCACGGAUCUUUGUGCAUCCAUUCAACAGCUUCACAGGAGUUCGCCCUGCAUAGGUUUCUCUUUCGAUACAAAAAAAAGACUGCGAGGGACCUACACCGUAGACACAUUGGCCGAAAAGCAACCCGCUCCUUCAGAGUUUGUUACAUUGGAACAGCUCCUCGAUCGACCACCAACACGCAAUGGUCGAGUCGCGAAACUCAGCAAGAAAGAGCGGUACGGUCUAGCUCUCACACUCGCAAGCAGUACCCUACAGCUGAAUGCGACACCUUGGUUCAAAGAUCAAUGGUGCGCAAAGGACAUUAUAUUCCAUCAGAAAGAGGACGGUUCUCGCUUAGUCGAUGUCGACCGUCCAUAUGUUGCACCGCAAGCCGAGACACUGACUGCUUUUGCCAACAGCCGUCCGAAGAAGAGCUUCCAGAACAAGAACACGAUUCUGCUGGCGCUUGCUGUCGCCUUGCUAGAGCUAUACUUCGGUGUCAGUGCUGAAAAUCACCGUGAUGUCGAAAAACAACCUGCUGGAGCUUUCAAUCCCUGGAUGCUCUGCGCUAUGGCUUAUGAGUGGGCAGACGAGGAACAAGAUAACUUGUCAGCAGCGUUCUCAAGCGCUGUCACUCACUGUCUUCGUUGCUUCAAUGAUCCUAGCGCCAACUUGCAGGACGCCGACUUCCUGCAAGCGGCAGUGGAGUGCAUCGUGCUUCCCUUGCAGGACGAGCUUCAUCAGUUCUUAGGGAGAUCAGGUCCAUGA